UACUCUAUGGUGUACUUUACCGCCAAAAUAGUUAUUCUUGUAUGAAUGUGCCGGUCAAUUCCAAGGUUAAUUGUUUGCAACAUUACGUUCUUUUGUAAUUUUUGGUUGCGACAAUGAAGAAUAGUUUCUAAAUGCCGCUUACUCUGUGUUAAUAUUAAUUAACAUUCGUGUAUCUUCUUUUCUGGUAUAAAAUUAGUUGGAGGCAUGAGCGGCGGGGCAGCGGCGGCCGCAAGCGCGAGCGACGCGGCCGGGAAGGAAGACGAGCUGUCGUCCUCCGACACGGAGCAGCAGUCGGAGGUUGAGCUGAACGAAGAAGAACGAAAGGAACGGUUCGAAAAACUAACAAAAUUGCUAAGCAAGAGCAAAGCGUACACAAACUAUUUGCAGCUGAAGUUGACGAAAGAUAAAAUGAACGAGGAAAAUGCUGCGAAACGCGGGAGGAAGGGCGCCAAAGCGAAGGAGGGCCCAGCGGACACGGAGGCGCCCGGGGACAGGACUUCCCGGAAGAGAGUCCUGCAGGAGAGGAACGCGGGGUCGCCGGGAGAAGCGGAGGCCGGCUGUAAACGGAGCAAGCCUUGUUCCGUGCUCCUGUCCGACGUCGACCGUGCCGGAAGCGAGGAGAACGUGGCGGCCGCAGACGUGCGAGCGGGCCCGGAGAUGCGGUCCUCCGCUGUGCCCCGCCUGUUCCAGAACGGCAAGCUGCGGCCGUACCAGCAGGAAGGGCUUCAGUGGCUGCGGGCGCUGUACGAGAACGGAGUGAACGGCAUCCUGGCGGACGAGAUGGGUCUGGGCAAGACGGUGCAGGUGAUAGCGUUCAUCUGCCACCUGUACGAGGCGGGGCUUGCCGGGCCCUUCAUGGUCGUCUGCCCGCUGUCCACGCUGCACAACUGGAGGAAGGAGUUCCAGAGGUUCGCCCCGCAGGUGCCGACGGUGCUGUACUACGGGAACGAGAGCGAGCGAGCCCGCCUGCGGCCCCAGGUCAGGCGCAGGUACCCGGUGGACGGGGAGAAGCGCUACCCGGUCGUGCUCACCUCGUUCCAGAUCCCCAUGAAGGACUCUCGCUUCCUCGGGCAGUUCUACUGGAAGUACGUGGUCGUGGAUGAGGCCCAGCGGAUGAAGAACCACAAGUGUUUGUUCGUCAGCAAGCUGAAGGAGCUGAAGUGCGACAACCGCCUGCUGCUGACCGGGACUCCGCUGCAGAACGACCUGAUCGAGCUGUGGGCCCUGCUCAACUUCCUCAUGCCGGAGCUGUUCAGCGACUCGGGCAUCUUCGAGAUCCUGUUCGACGUCCGCGAGCUGCAGAACGACUCCAACAACGAGAAGAUAGUGGAGCAGGAGAAGUCCCAGCAGGUCCUCUCCACGCUGCACGAGAUUUUGGCGCCGUUCAUGUUGCGCCGAGUGAAGGCCGACGUAGAGCUGGAACUGCCGCCCAAGAGAGAGGUGCUUGUGUACGCGCCGAUGACGGAGAUCCAGCACGAACUGUACCGCGCAACUCUGGAGUACAACAUAGGACUGCUACAACGGAAGAAGGAGGUCGUGAGCGAGCCUGUGGACGAGAAGCGCGCCCUCAGGAAGUGCCGGAGGAACAUCAACUACGCGCUGCUCCAGUCGGACGCGGAGAGCGGGUCGGACAGCGUCAGCGAGGCCAGUCCCAGCCCGCUCGAGCAGAAGGAGGAGGAAGUGGCUGUGGUCGGCGGCAACUACUACGUCACCCUCAAGAUGCAGAACCCGCUGAUGCAGCUGCGGAAGAUCGUGAACCACCCGUACCUGGUCCACUUCCCGGUCCACCCGGGCACCAAGAAGCCCCUCAUCGACGAGAAGGUCAUCGCUGCGUCCGGCAAGUUCCUGGUGCUCGACACCAUGCUGAGGAAGCUGAAAGAGAGAGGCCACAAGGUCCUCCUGUUCUCGACGUUCGUGAUGGUGCUGGACCUGGUGGAGGAGCUCCUGGACAUCCGGGGCUUCUCGUACUGCCGGCUGGACGGCAGCGCGUCGCUGGACCGCCGGGAGGGCAGCGUGCAGCGCUUCAGCGCGGACGCCAGCGUGUUCGUGUUCCUGCUGUCGACGCGCGCAGGCGGCCUGGGGAUCAACCUCACCGCCGCCGACACCGUCAUCAUCUUCGACAGCGACUGGAACCCGCAAGUGGACCUGCAGGCCCAGGACCGCUGCCACAGGAUCGGCCAGGAGCGGCCCGUCAUGGUGUACCGCCUCGUCACGCGGGGGACCAUCGACCAGAAGAUCGUGGAGAGAGCCACGGCCAAGCGCAAGCUCGAGAAGAUGGUCAUCCAGAACGGCAAGUUCAAGAUGAACUGCUUCGAGGAGGACAUCGGGGACCCGAACGAGCUGAUGCGGCUCCUGAACUCGAAGGACUACGACCAGGAGGUGGAGUCCUGCAGCUCGGGCGUGUUCACGGAGGAGGAGUUGGAGCUCCUGCUGGACCGCAGUGCCGCCACGCCCAGGAGGGAGGCCGGCAAGACGACGUCGUCCAAGUUCCGGUUGGUCGGGCAGGACUCCCCGCCCUCGAGCCGGGCUUGACCGCACCGCGCCUCCUCGAGGUUCCUUUUCCCGGUUUCCCCGAUUUGGGCUUGCAUAAAACCACCCCAAUGAACAACUCCAAAAAACUUUGAUCAUCUCGGGAAAGUUGAAAAUAUUUAUGUUCUGACUGUUACUAAUCCAUCUAGUCACUUUGUUUCGUCGUGUUUCUGUUUCUGUUUUUUUUUUUUUUUUUUUUUUUGCAUUUUGGCUGUAGUGAAAGUGUUUUUUAAGUGUUAUUUUUAUGUAAUUUUUUUUUUGUCGAUUUGUGAAUACUUGCAUGUUUUAAAUCUUAUAUGUAAAAGUUAUUUGUAAAGUUUUUGCUAGAAAAUGUUCGCAGUGCGUUACCUAGAUUUCUUUUUUUUUUCUUACAAGUGCUUUAUUUAUUCCUUAAAUGUUUUCGUGUUUUUGCAAAACUUGACAAGUAUGUAGUUCGAUGAGUGGACUUGCGGUAAAUCUUUAAUUGCUCUGCAAGUUUAGACCAUUUUGAGAGUUCUGAUGUUGUUUGUACCAGUUUUAAGGUUGUUUUUUUUUUUGUAUUUUUGUAAGCAUUAAAUGCAUUGUUGAAAUAA